AUGCUGGCUUCCACAUCAUCCAACCCGGCCAUCCAGGCCUACAAGGUCUACCACCUCUCCCAAACCAAACUCGACCGGGAGUGCCGCCGACAAACCCCAGAUCUCCACCGCAUAGUCCUGCAUGCCUCUAUCGUCGACAAUGUUCGACGAUGGUCGCGUGACCUUGCUACUCCUUCUGAAACCGUGGUCGUCGACUCCGAGUCCGACACGGACAGCGAUCCAUUCGAGGACUCGGCAUCCGACGAGGAAUACGAGGAUGCCUCGUCUGUCGACCAGAUUGCCAUCUUUGACUGCGAGGUUGACGACGAGACGACGAUUGAGCAACAGUCCCAGAGCAACGGCAAAGUCUACGCCGUUCAGACCGGUGUGGUUCAGUGUGGGGAGAACAAGGACUCCCAGUCCAGCUCUGCGCCUGCCAGCCCAAGGAGACGAGCGCCCCCUCCACCACCGUCAACGGCCAAGUCGACUUACGACCAGAGCUGGAAGCAAAACCGACCAGUCACAGUCCGAGAGACGGCCAUUGACGUUGAAGGGGACGAUUAG